AUGCAGAGGUUUCAGGAUUUCUUGUUGCUUCGAGGCAGUAUAUUGCUUUCCGCGUUUUUAAGUUCUAGUGGCGCAAUAACUUGGAACUCUCCGCCAGGAGAGAGGGACCAGGAGAGGUUCCAGCAGAGCGUCCUCUCAGACGGACUCCAGGCCAUAUUCGAUCAGUUCACAAGCGCAACCCCGAGUCAGGAGUCAUCGCCUAGCUCCAACUCUGCUAAUCAGAGAACGUCCCAAUCCGCAGACUCUGGUAUCGGGAUGCACAAUAUCCCCAACGAGAUUAACGGGUCAACGGAUGUUAUCGAAUCAUUGAGCAAAGUCACAGAGAUCCUGAACGCAAGUGAAGAGUCUAUUCCAGAACCCAGCAUGGCUUAUCUCGAGGACCUAAUGCCUCCUACAGAUACGAAGGAGCAAAUAACCAACUUUUCUACUGAGCCUCUUCUCAACAACAUGUUGCCUGAUGACCUCAACCUAGGUCUACAAGGCAGUUCCGGAGCCAAUGCUGCGACUCUCGAAUCUGUGCAUGAUCUCGAUAGCAUUUCCCUGUAUGACUCGUUUCCACCGGGCGAGUACACCACUGACGCCUGGUUAGAAGAGGAGUUUUCAUUCGACUCGUUCUUUUCAUUAGAAGCCAUGGACUUUUCCAACAUCUUUCGCAUCGUCAACCUGGUGGUUGGCGUGAUUAUGGUGCUCGGUGGUAUCUCACAAUUCUUCCCCGCCCACUUCCAAUCCAUUAUCAUCGGCGUCUACGUGAUCCUCUUCGGUCUUGCCACGGCACUGCUCGAGUUUCAGAUCCCACUUCAGGUUUCUCGUUACGCCUCAUUCCUCUUCUCCUUCAUUGGUCGUGGUAUCUUCUACAUUUUUAUCGGCUCGAUCUUGCUCCAUGACGGCACCCUGCGUAUCAUUGCCGGCUCGAUCAUCGGCGUGAUCGGUGUGAUCUACGCUGUCCUCGAAUUCAUCCCGUCCAUUGAGCCGCCCGCCAACAUGCGGGAAGCCGAUGCCGGCUGGGGUGCUGAGCAGGUGUAA